AUGGAUCCUACCCCGCCACCAUCACCAGAUACUAUAAACUCCAAAAACUCCAUAAGCUCAACAGACGAGCUUAACUUGAACGAUUUGCACACGAUCUUCUAUGACUGUGGUGAAAAGAUAGUUGAGCAACAAGGUCAGGUCGAGCGUAUGAAGGAGGAGAUGGGUCGAGAUUACCUUCAUUCCAGAGUGGAUGUCCUCAACAUGCAACAAAUGUUUGACCAUGUUGAGAAGCAAAUUAAAGCGAUUGCUCUAUUGGUUGUAGGUGUUGUCGUCAACAUGUUUCUAGUCAUGAUUUUUAUCAUUCACUUGAUAAUCAGCAAGUGA